AUGGACGAAAAGAAUAUCAAUUUACCAGAGCCAGUAACUAAAAAUCUAUUUGAUAAGUACUCGACAAUAAAAAAAACUUAAUAGAUCAUAAGAUAAAAGAGAAAUAGGAGGAUAAGAAUUAAUGAAAGUAAUUUCAACAGCUCAAGAUAAAACAGUAAUAGAAAUAGCAAAACAUUUAAAAGAGAGAUACAUAUCACAAUAAUAAUUUUAAUAUAAAAAAGGAGGAUUACAUGGAUUAUAUUCAAUUUCAAUUGAGAUUUAAAAAAAAGUAUUAUUUAAUAAUUAUUAGAAAGCCAGAGUCUAAUAUAAAGAAUUGUUUGAAUUCUAUUAUUGAUCCAAUGAUAGAUUGUAUGAGAGACAAAGAAGAAAGAGUAAGAUAUACAGCUAUUGAAUAUUUGUUUUUGACUUCUAAAUUAUUAGGUGAUGUGGUUCUAAUUAAAUUGGAAGAAAUAUAUAGAAAUUUAGUUUAAAGUUUUUUAGAUCCAGAUGAAUCUGUUAGGAAAGCAGCAUCAUAAUUAGAUAAUUGUUUAAAAAGUUUAGUAACAAGUACAGCACCUGAAAAAUAGAAUUUUAAGAUAUAGACAUUUGUUAAGACUAUAAGUACAUAAAUAGUUUUCAAAAAUCAAUAAGUGAAAUUAAAUCUAAUUUCAUGGAUUAAUACUUUGAAUUCUAUUCCACAUAUAGAAUUAUUUGAUUAUAUUGAUGGUUUUUUAGUUGAACUAUUUCUUAUGUUAGCAGAUACAAAUAAUAAGGAUCCAUUUACUAAUGAAGCUAAAGUAGCUGCUAAAAAAUAAUUAGAAGAAUUUCAAAGAGAUUUAGAAAGAUAUUCAAAAAGAUCAUCUUUUAAUUAAUCAUAAGAAUUGAAAACUCAUAGAUAAAUCAUAGAUAUAUUAUUAGAUUUAUGUUAAAAUAAAUAAAGUGAUGCUCAUGUUUUAUCUUAGGUUUUAAAUUGGAUUAUGGAAUAUUUAAAAAUAGUUAGCAAUGAAUUAGAUUAACCUUAGGUUUAAUUUAAUCAAUUAGAAUUAAGUGGAGGAUAAAUUAUUAAAGGAAUAGAUUUAAUGUCUAGUAUAUUUGAAUAAAAAAAAGAUUCAGUACUUUAAUCUGUUAUUAUGGAAAAAUUAAAUAAUAUUUUGAAAAUUAUAUUAUCUUUAUUAUCACUUGAUUCACCUUAGAUUGUAAAUUAAGCAUAAUAAAUAAAUGAUUUAUUAUUGUAAAUUAUGGAUAAAAUGAAGGCAUCAGGUAAAGAAUUUGUUGAUAUUAUGCCAACUAUUUAAGAUAUGCUUAAAGAAAAAAAUAAUCAUACUGCUGAAAAGGCAUUAAUGUGGAUGAGACAUUUAUUGAAUACAUAAACAGAAAAGUUAAAACCAAUGAUUGAAAAUAUUUUAGAAAAUGUAAAAUAAUUAAUAUUUAAAUUAGUUAAUUGAAAGAUUAAAAGAUGCUGAGGCUUAAGUUGUUGAAAAUGUUAUGGAUGUUUUAGCUCGUAUAUCUCAUGAAUAAUAUUUUGAUAUGGUUAUAGAGAAAAUAUUAGAUAUAUUCCAUAAAAAUGUUAAUUUAUUAAAUAGAAUGAGUUAAAUAAUUAUAAAGAAACUUUGUGAAUUUUGGAAUGCUGAAGUUGUCUAUACUCAAAUCUGUAAUAAACUUUUAGAAAAUUAUGUAUAUGUUGAAGAUGAAAAUAUAGAUUUAGCUUUUACAUAAUAAUUAGUUUAAUCAUUAGAAUAAUUAUUAAUUACAGAACCUCGUUUAUAAAAUAUUAGAAUGAAACUUAAAAAUUAUAAAUAUGAAAAGAAUUUAAAAACAGCUAAAGCAACUUAUGAAUUCUUUAUUAGCAUCUAUAAAACAUUUUGUUAUAAUGAAGUUAGUGCAUUAUCAUUAUCUCUAUUAAUUGAAGAGUAUGAAUUAACUUACAAUAUUAUUUUAACUAUUGCAGAACAAGAAAUUAAUCUAGAGAUCUUAGUUUAAAUAGCAAGAUUAACUUUAUAAUUAGAAUCACCUGUUUUUGCAUAUUUAAGAUUACAAUUAUUAGAGUCAGCUAAUCAUCCUUUUCUUAUCUAAUCUUUAUAAGGAUUAAUGAUGUUAUUGCCUUAAUCUUCAAUUUAAAAAUAUCUGAAAUCAAGACUCAAAAAUGUUGAAAUAUUUACUAAACCUCAUUCUGAUUUAUCAUAAUCCAGAGAGUAUAUUUAUUAUAAAUAUAAUAGAAUUCAAAAUAAAUUGGAUACUUAAUUAUUAUUAUAGCUAUUCAAAAAUAGUAAACAAGAAUAACAAGAUUUGAAAGAUAAAUAUGCUAAAUCUUAAUUCAAAUGA